AUGGCAAAAUUGCACAACUAUUACGUUUUGUGUCCAUUGAUUGAUCAAAACAGUUUUCUGGGAGUAUCACAAGAUAAAGAUGAUGAAAAUGUUAUCGUUACACUAGGCAGAAACGUUGUUAAUAAAUACAGGCUUUCAGAUCAAAAACAAAUCGGAGGCUGGACUUCAAAAGAACAUCUCACGUCUUUUGUUAUUUAUGAUAAGGAACAGGAAGGAUACGUCGGAGUUUUUAAUAAAAACACUAUCAAGAUAUGGAAAGAAGAUUCAGAUAAUUUAGACAAAAUUAAAAAACACAAAUUUUCAGUCAACAUCUUAAAGCUUCAACAGAGAGGUGACAAUACGAUAAUUAUAUUUGAGAAUGGUUACUGUGCCUCCCUUUCCUAUGCAUUGGAAAAUAGAAAAACAUAUGAAGGGAAACCUCUUAUAAAAGAUCCUGAAACUGUUGUGGAUUCAGCUUGUUUUACAUUAGAUAAAACAGAUUACAUAUGCUAUGUCAUCAAGAAUACUAAAAACAAUUAUGAAAUUCUUACAAGUCCACUUAGAGAAGAACUUGGUGAUAUGGAGAAGUCCAAAAUAUGUAAAGUUAAAGUUACGAGACCUCAUGAUGUGUAUGUUGUUGGGAACCUUAUCAAUAUAGAUGAGAACCCAUCGGUUUACAUUUUAUGGAGUGACUCUAAGAUGUCAGUAUACAAUCUCGUAAGCAAAUUGUGGACGAACAUUGGCACUGUACCGUGGAUAUCAACACUAACGAGUGUCUCUAUCGCUUGGAUGGGGAAGGAUCAUCUCAUUCUGUUUGGAAGCAAUACAGAUCAAGAUGGAGCCAUCAUUGUGGCUUAUAAUGUCAUACUGGGUGUGGGAUCUUGCAGGUAUCCCAUGAAGAUGUAUGCUGAAAAUGCUCACCUAUAUUGCUUCAAUGGACGCAUAAUCCUGGAAGCGUCCAAUCACAUAGGAAUGUUGCCAUAUGUCCUCGAAACAAACAGAAACUUGUCAAGCCUUUUGGGUUCUCAUGAUACAGCUGAAGAUAGCUGCAUUGAAGUAGCUCAGUGGGGCUUAAAAUCAAAUCCUCUGUUUGCUGUGAGAGAAGAAAUAAAAGACUUACUUAAAGUUGGUGUCACGGAACGUAAUAUGUGCUCGCAGGUUAUACUGCCUUUAUUAGAAAAGAAAGAUUUCAGACAUGUAUACAAAGUUGUUCAAGAAUUCAAGGAUGUUCCUGAAUCAGUCCUAGUUUCAAUACUUAACUAUAUACUUGAAAUUUUAAAUGCAAAGGAAGUAGAUGUUAAUAAUCAUGAAGAAUUCAUGAAAUUUUGUGAUUGUGAAAUGGGUUCAACCCAGCAAAAUAAUGAACAGAGAUCUAAAUUUAAACUAUUAGACUAUGUGUUUGAAAUAACAUUCAGUGAUGCUCUGUUAAUACCUUACUUGAGGAAUGGACUAACGCUAGAUAAUGCAUUAUUUCUACUUUCAUAUAUAUCACAUCUACUCACCAAUUCUCAUAAAGAUUACAGUGAUGUCUACGAGAACAAGUUAUUUGAUUGGUGCACUUUGCUCAUUGAUGCUUUUUAUCAACAGUAUCUAUUGACUAAAGAUGACAAAGUUGUAAAUGUUUUGAACAAUGUUCAACAAGUAGUAGUCAACCUCAUCAAUCAACUCAUGGCAGUUGAUAAUAUUUUACCAAUGCUACAUAAAAUUCUAUCAGGAAAACCUCAAGUCGAUCAUGAAGAAUCAUUAUCGUAUACAAUUGAGUUAAUGGAUAUAUAA